UACAGUGACGAUGGAGGUGACAGUGAUAAAGGCGUGUUCCCUCCGGUCCAUCCUCUCUAUGUGGACCUGCUUCUCAGUGAAAGCCUCCAUUGACACGGGGAAACAAAGCAAAGGUUGAAAGAGGAACAAGCUGCAAGAAACCCGUGAACGGCAGGUCUCACUCACAGCGCUACAACUGCAAUCAGGAUGUCUGGCUCCCCCCAGGAAGAGGAAGAGUUGCCUGCCAAUCACACAGGUCCAAAAGGCGUAAUUAAUGAUUGGAGGAGGUUUAAGUUGGACAGCAUGGAUCAGACAGUCCCGCAGAGCAAGAGAGAGCUGCUCAGACAGAUGUCCAGUCCCCGGGAGGACGACAAGGAGAGAGUGAACCGGAAGAUGAGUGUUCAGGAGUACGACAUGAUCCAAGAGGAGGACGAGCGCUCCCUCAAACACUACAGAAAACAGUGCAUGCAGGAAAUGCACGAGCGCCUGAGCUUCGGCCCCUCGUUCGAGCAAGUGCACGAGCUGGAGAGCGGAGACGCCUUCCUGGAAGUCAUCGAGAAGGAGCACCGGCUGACCCUGGUGGUGGUCCACAUCUACCAGCACGGGGUCAAAGGCUGUGAGCAGCUGAACUCCUGUCUGGACUGUCUGGCCUCAGAGUACUCCAGCAUUAAAUUCUGUCGCAUUGAUGCGGAGGCCACAGGUGCUCGUGAGCGCUUCUCCCCCGAGGUUCUUCCUGCUCUGCUCGUCUAUAAAGCCGGGGAAUUACUGGGGAAUUUCCUGGCUGUUACCAAACACUUCAGUGAAAACUUCUUUGCAACGGACGUGGAGGGGUUCCUCAACGAAUACGGCCUGCUCCCCGAGAAGGAGUUCACAGCAUGCGCUGAUGAUGAGGAGGGAGGCGACGUGGAGUAGUGAGAGGCGAAGAGGAAAAGGAGACAGCUGGAGGAAGGGGUGAAGGGGUUUACUGUUGUGUAGGAGAGUGGAUGAAGGAAGAGGCGCUAGAAGAAGGCAGUGACAUAGCAUGUGCAGAUUAACGCACAGUAGUGAACAUUCACCUGCACACACAAACACACACACAACGCUGGUUGUAUUUAGAAGCAGUUAUGUCCAAUAAAAGCCAGUAAGAGCUGUGUGUCUGUUUGUGCUACAGACGUCUGCAGCCCUACGUCUGUGGGAAUACGUGGAUUUAAGUGUUUGUGGAGCAUUACCUGAUCAUGAAUCUACCAGGUCGACUUUUUCAUGAAAAUAACCUAAAAAGUAAACCAUAUGGCAGAAAAUGUAUGAAUAAAUCAAGGUAGCUAAACAUUGAGUGUGUGUAUUUGGUAAAUGUGCACUAUAUAUUAAGGAUUAUGGACACUUAAGACCCAUCUGCCAUUCCAAAACCUUUAAAAGGUAGGUAACCGGUGCUGCUGGCCAAUGGGGCGUUGCCCCACGAGGCACACCUCUCCUUGAGAGAUCAUUUUAAAUGAAAAAAAAUGUUAAUAUUUAUCUUUUUGAAAUAUGGAAUGUACCCAGUAAUCAUUUUUAAAUAUGAUUUCAGCACAAAAUACAUUCUUUUCCUGCACGUCCUGCCUGUCAUGCACACAUGUCAAUCUCAAGAUUGCAGUGUUUAUAGGGUCUAAGAAGCACUUUUGCUGGUUCAAAAAAAAUAAUAGAUAUGACAUAGAAUUCUUCC